AUCAGGGACAACCGCAAACGUCAUUUGUCACGUGGAGGGGAACGCCGGAGAGUGGUUUCCGAACGGAAAAGGCAGCGUUGGUAACUUUUUGUUUCGCAGUCUCGCGCUGUUAACAAAUUCUCGUGACGCGGCCGGUUGCAACAAAUAAGUUCGACUUUGUGAAUGUGAAGUGCCUUGUGAAUUAUACAAUGGAUAUUAUUUAUUAACAACCACAGUACUGUGCAAAGUGUUGUAAUUAUUUCUUCGCAAAGUUCAGUAAACAAUGACGAUGGAUAAGCAACUGGUAUGGGUGAGGGACCCCAACGAGGGGUUUAUCCUCGCCCGGCUACACGAGCUGAUGGGGGAGGAAGCAGACGUGUUCCCCAUCGACAACAAAUACCCCAAGCGAGUCUGCAACUUUGAGGAUAUAUUCCCCGCCGGAGAUCCUGCUAAGGAUGUUGAUGAUAACUGCGAGCUGAUGUUCCUCAACGAAGCUACACUACUAAACAACAUCCUAAUCCGAUACAAGAAGAACAAGAUAUACACAUACGUAGCCAACAUCCUAUUGGCUGUGAACCCCUACGAAGACAUUCCAGACAUGUAUUCCUCAAACACCAUCAAGAAGUACCAAGGAAAGUCCCUUGGAGAACUGCCGCCUCAUGUCUUUGCCAUCGCCGAUAAAGCCUUCCGUGACAUGAAAUCCCUCAAGAUGUCUCAGUCUAUCAUCGUGUCCGGCGAGUCUGGUGCUGGUAAGACGGAGUCCACGAAAUACAUACUCAAGUACCUGUGUGAACUGUGGGCCAAGGCCGCUGGGCCCGUUGAACAGAAGAUUCUGGAUGCCAACCCGAUCUUAGAAGCGUUCGGUAACGCGAAAACGACACGCAAUAACAACAGUUCCCGUUUCGGCAAGUUUAUGGAGGUGCAUUUCGACAGCAAAUACCAAGUUGUGGGCGGUCACAUCUCCCACUACCUUCUAGAAAAGUCUAGAAUAUGCACCCAGAGUGCAGAAGAAAGAAACUACCAUGUAUUCUACCUUUUAUGCGCCGGCGCACCUGACGAACUCCGCGCUAUAUUAAAUAUCACUAAACCUGAUGAUUAUUUGUAUUUGAAGAAUGGAUGCACACAAUAUUUUACGUCACCGAAUUCUGAGAAGAAGAUUAGUGCUGACCGCAAGAGUAAACAGCAGCAAGCUAAAGGCGGUCUCAGGGACCCCAUACUUGAUGAUGUCGAGGACUUUCAGAGGCUUCACCAGGCGCUGGCGCGCGUGGGCCUGUCGGAGGAGGAGCGGCUGAGCGUGUACGGCGUGGUGGGCGGCGUGCUGCACCUGGGCAACGUGCACUUCGAGGAGGAGGGGGGCGCGCGCGGGGGCUGCCGCGUGGCGCCCGCCGCCGAGCCCGCGCUGCGCGCCGCCGCCGCCGCGCUCGCCGUCGACCCCGCCGACCUGCGCAUGGCGCUCGUCUCGCGCCUCAUGCAGAGCAGUCGCGGCGGGGCCAAGGGCACCGCCAUCAUGGUCCCUCUUAAGACGCACGAGGCCAACAACGCCCGUGACGCGCUCGCUAAGGCAGUCUACAGCCGACUCUUCGACUACAUCGUACAUCGCAUCAACACCAGUAUUCCCUUCCAAGCCUCCGCCUACUACAUUGGUGUACUCGAUAUUGCUGGAUUCGAAUACUUCCAAAUGAACAGCUUCGAGCAGUUCUGCAUCAACUACUGCAAUGAGAAGUUACAGCAGUUCUUCAACGAGCGUAUCCUCAAGAAUGAACAGGAACUCUACAAGCGUGAGGGACUUAAUGUGCCGGAAAUCAGAUUCGUUGACAACCAGGAUUGUAUUGAUCUCAUUGAAAGCAAGAACCACGGUAUCUUCCACCUGCUGGAUGAAGAGUCGAAGCUCCCCAAACCAGAGUUCAGCCAUUUCACACAUUCUGUACACAAACAACUAGGUGUUAGGAAUAACAGAUUGCAACUCCCCCGUUCAUCUCGUCUGAAAGCUCACCGUACUCUACGUGAUGACGAAGGAUUCUUACUGCGGCACUUUGCUGGAGCCGUCUGUUACAAUACCAACCAAUUCAUUGAGAAAAACAACGACGCUCUCCACGCCUCCCUAGAGUUCCUCGUCCAGGAAUCCAACAGCAAACUGGUUCAGCAUCUAUUCCAGAACACUGACAAUAAUAAUGCCAAAGGAAAAUUGAACUUUAUUUCCGUCGGCGCUAAGUUCCAAUCGCAGUUGUCGCAGUUGAUGGAUAAGUUGAAGGAAAAUGGUACGAACUUCGUGCGGUGCAUAAAGCCGAACUCUUGCAUGGCGCGCGGCGCGGUGGAGGGCGGGCUGGUGCUGGCGCAGCUGGAGUGCGCGGGCACCACGGCCGUGCUGCAGCUCAUGGAGCACGGCUACCCCAGCCGCGCGCCCUUCCAUGGCUUGCACGCCGGGUACAGCCCAUACCUGCCGCACAAGCUGCGACAGCUCUCGCCCAAGGUCUUCUGCGAGGCCAUAGUCCACAGUCUAGGACUCUCCGACAAAGACUACAAAUUUGGUGUGACCCGAGUGUUCUUCCGACCGGGCAAGUAUUCGGAAUUCGAUACCAUGAUGAAGUCAGAUCCUGAAAGCCUGAAGUCCAUUGUGGAAGCCGUACUAUCAUGGCUUGUCAAAUCCAGGUGGAGGAAGUCCAUAUUUGCUGUGCUGUCUAUAAUCAAGUUAAAGAACAAGAUUGUAUACAGACGGGAAUGCUUGAUCCUACUACAAAAAACUAUUCGCGGCCACUUGGCACGUCGCAAGCACAGGCCGAGGUACCAGGGACUUGCUAAGAUCAAUGCUUUGCAUAACAACCUUAAAGACAUGGAGACAGUCACCUCGCAGCUUAAGAAGGAGAAAGAUGGUGCGCAGAGAAACAUCGAGAACUUGAGGAAUUCUAUCAGGAAUGCUUGUACUGCUAUUAAGUCCAAUGAGAACAUAUCCCGUGAUGAGAUCGACAAGCUGUAUUCUAAACUGACCAAAGACGUUGAGACACAGAUGGCAUCCCUACAAAAGGCAAUGAUUGACCAGAAGAAUAGGGAAGAACAAGAGAGGUUGCGUAAGAUGGAAGCGGAGAUGCGCGCCGCUGAAGAGGCUAAGAAACGUGAACAGGAACGAAUUAAACAAGAGGAAGAGCACAGGCGACUUAAAGCAGAGAUGGAGGCGCGUCGCAAGGCUGAGGAGGCGGAGAGGCUCCGCUUGGAGGAGCAAGACCGCCUCGCCGCCCUCAAACUACAGAAACAGAUGGAAGAGGCCGCCAAAGCUGACCUAGAAAACAGGGAGAGGUUAGAACAAGAGAGACGAGACCACGAAAUGGCAGUGAGACUGGCUAAAGAAACCAAUGGACAUGUCGAAGGUUCACCGCCUCAACUACGCAGGUCGGAACGUGUACGAAUGCAGCAAGCUAUGCAGGGCAAGCAAAAAUACGAUCUAUCUAAAUGGAAGUAUUCGGAACUACGUGAUACUAUUAACACUUCAUGUGAUAUUGAACUUUUGGAGGCUUGCCGCCACGAGUUCCACCGACGCUUGAAGGUAUACCACGCGUGGAAGGCAAAGAACGCCCGCAAGACUACCAUGGCCGACCAGGAGAGGGCGCCACAGUCGAUUAUGGAUGCAGCAAAAAGCCCCCGAGUUCCUCAAAAGGGUGAGAUCCUAGGCGCCCGGCACCGCUACUUCCGCAUCCCGUUCGUCCGCGCGGGCGGCGCGGCCGGCGCCGACGCCGAGCGUCGCGGCUGGUGGUACGCACACUUCGACGGACAGUACGUCGCCAGGCAGAUGGAACUACAUCCUGACAAGACUCCCGUACUGCUACAAGCCGGCGUGGACGACAUGCAGAUGUGUGAGCUGAGCCUGGAAGAGACCGGGCUGACCCGCAAGCGAGGCGCCGAGAUACUCGAGCACGAGUUCGAGCGCGAGUGGGCCAGGCAUGGCGGGCCUCCAUACACUCCGCACGACCAGCGCAAGCGUUAGAUACCACAUUCCAUCAAGAGCCUAGUGAAAUUAGAAACAACGUCGCAAAAUCGCAAAGUAUUCCACAGAACUAGGAAUUUGAAAUUUAAUACAACACACAUAAGAUAGAUUAUUGAAUAGAAGAAUUACUUAGUUCUUUCAACGUGCCUUCACAGGUUCCUAGACUUAUGAUAGUGCAAUAUAAUUAAAGGUCGUUAAGGUUAUAAUAAUAUGGUUCCGUAUUGUCAGCAAAGUCAGAUACACAAGAACUUUAUACAUAGAAACCUUUUAAAUGAAUUCACUAUUUGUUGUGAUAAAUUAUGUUCAAAAAUGUGAUAAAUUUAACUAUAUUGCCGUGCCUUAAAUUAUAAUUCAAUACAUAAUAGUUUCAAUCUGCCUUUGCUGUAUUUUAUUAUUUUAUUUCAUUGUGAAACUAUGCAGUUUAGUUAUAAUUUUUAAUUCAACUAAGAAUAAUAACUAACAACAAACUUACACAAAGUUAAAGUUCGAUGGUACAUUUCAAUUGUCGUCACUACUCAACGCUGGCAACAUAGUAUACCUCAUUGCAUUGAAGACUCUUUACGUUCCAAGAAGUAAAAACAAAGAAGCGGAGAAUCAUUGGUUUGUCAGUAAUUUGGAUUUUGCAAAAACUGCAUGGUUUAAAGUAGAAAUUAAAAUAUUAUAUUGUAAUCGCUGUGCUAGUUCACGGAAAUUUUAUCUUGUUAUAAUAAAUGUUAACUUGUCAUUCCACAAAUCGAUUCCUGUUAAUAAUUAGACACUAGCCGUAACUAUUGUCAUUUCUGUAUUUUUAGGAUACAAGGAAAUUAGAAAUCGUGGAUUAUGUGAAUAAGAAAAAGUGACAUAAUAUAUUUUUGAUUUAAUAUAAACGAAAAUAAUUCCUUUAAUUAUUCUGUAGCAUAGAAUGUGAUUGUUAAUUCAGUAAACUUAUUAUAAUGGAAUUCACAUCGAAAUCAGUUAACAACUAAAAUAUAUAAAAAUGAAUUAAUAAAUAUUUAUUUAUACUAUUUCUUGUAAGCUGUGAUUCGUAAUUCAGUGGUAAAAAUGAAUUAGGUCAGUAUUUUGAAACUGUAAAAGUAUAUUUAUUUGAACAUUCCUGUCCUAAGACUGGUGAAUGGUAGCUUUUGUAUUAUUUUAAUAGCAUUCUAAUAAUUUUAUUAACAUAAGUGUUUGAACAGUAUUUAAGGAAACAUUCCUGUAUUUUUUACUUCGGUUGCAGUAAAUAUUCAGGUUAUUUUUUAUUAUGUACAAACAUAGAUAUCUUACUCUACGGCACCAUAUUGCGGAUGAGAGCUAGCUACAAACAUAGA